AUGUCUGUCACAUUCAUCGAAACCGACGGUGGUAAGCUCGCCGUCGAUAUUUCCGGCGAGGGCCCUCUUGUCAUCUGCUCGCCAGCCAUGGGCGAUUUCAGAGAUGUAUACGACCCUCUUGCCAGCGAACUUCGAAAGUCCGGCUAUCGCGUCGCCGUUGUUGACCUUCGAGGUCACGGCGACAGCACAACCACCUUCAACCGCUAUGGAGACGAGGCUACUGCCGACGAUCUCCUCAAGCUGAUUGAUACCUACGGUGGAGGUCCAGCUGUCUUGGUCGGUGCCUCUUUGUCAGGCGCUGCUGCUACCAUCGCAGCUGGCACCCAGCCACACAAAGUCGCCGGUCUCAUCCUCAUUGGAGCAUUUCUCCGUCCCGGUACUGGCAAGCUCGUAGCCAGUCUCUUCCGCCUGUCUAUGCGCCAGCCCAUCGGCCCUAUGAUUUGGAAGUCGUACGCACCCAAGCUCUGGCCCGGCCUCGGCGACAAGACACAUGCGCGAGCCGAGAGAUCCAUCCAGCUUCUGACUCGACCUGGUUGCUGGCAGGCCUUCCAUGCCACGCUUUCCACCGACCACAACGUCGUUACAUCGUUUCUCACCAAAGUCAAGGCUCCUGUUCUUGCAGUCUAUGGAGAUGCCGAUCCUGACUGGACUGACCCUAUUGAGGAGGCGCGCUGGGUGGCUUCGAACUUCGAGGGUACUGAGAUUGUUGCUGUCAAGGGUGCUGGACAUGCGCCGAUGUUUGAGAAGCCUGAAGAAGUUACACCGGCUGUGCUACGGUUUUUGAACAAGAUUCGUGACAAUGGAGGUUUUAGCCAUGGCGGUGCUUAA